AUGGCAGAUUCUCCAUUAUCUCUAGAAUUACCGACCCUUCAAGAUCAAGAAUUUCCUGAAAACUCGCUUUUGAGUGAUAACGAUACUUCUUGGUUUCCAAAUUCGCUUUUGAAUGAUAACGAUUCCUCCCUUUGGUUUACAAAACGAGAUUCCAUACGAGAUUCCAUACUUGACAAUAGCAAUUAUGACAAUGACAAUUCACUUAGAAAAGAAUACAGAACACUGCUAAAGUUGAAUGAAAUGUUUGAAAAAGUGAACAAUAAUAUGGAUCAAGCGAAUCUAAAUUUGCAGCAAUUUUCCAACACAGUUGAACAAACAGACCAAUUAUUAGAUAUAUGGAUAAAUAUAUUGUCGCAAAAUAUACAUACACAACAAUUGCUUUCAGAUCCAUCAUGGCAAGGUUCUUCGGCGCGCGUAUUAGAAGAACAGGCAAAAGAACGAGAGCGUCAAGAAAAGUUAACACGAUUACAGCAAGAGUGA